GGAAGAGCAACAGCCGCCGCCAUGGUGCAGCUCGGUAGCGCUCUUCUGAAAGGCUAUCGAGGCGGACACGUCGUGAUCCGUUUCGCCCUCGGCGGCUGCACCAACCGGCCCUUCUACCGCAUCGUAGCGGCGCACAGCAAGCGCGCCCGAGACGGGAAAUACCUGGAGCAGCUCGGCUGCCUCGACCCGCUGCCCAACGCCCACGGCGAGAAGGUGGCGGGGCUCAACCUGGAGCGGCUGCGGCACUGGCUGGGCUGCGGCGCGCAGCUGUCGCGGCCUGCCGAGAAGCUCCUGGGUCUGGCGGGGUUUUUACCACUUCACCCCAUGACGAUAACCAACGCCGAGAGGCUCCGGCGGCGGCGGCGGCGAGCGCAGGAGUCCGAUGCGCCCCCUGCGGAGGGCGGCUCGCAGGAGCCCAGCGCUGCGGUCUGAGGGGCCCGUCUGUACACACAGGUUUCUGUCUCUGAAGACAGCUUAAGAGGGAGGAUGUUUUUAGCAGAAGGACAGAUGUGCGCCUCACUGCAUUAGCACACUGCUGACUUUCUCCAAAGGAAGUACUGACAGGCUGAUAACAGCAAAAUCCAUGCUUGAAGAAAGCUACACAUUUAAACAUGAACCUUUAGCAUAGUUAUUCAUAGCAGCAUUUGAUAACAAAUGCUGUCAAACCUUCAUCACCAGUUUGGUAAACAUUACUCAAACAAAAACCUGAGUUUUCACUCUUAGGCUGUGAUUUCCUGUUUGCUGCUUCAUUUGUUGUCCUUUGUCCAAGGAAACUACUGGAUUCCUAGGAAAAAAGAGAAAGUUACAUACACCUUAUAUACACGGCAAAUACUGCUUCAUCUCCAUAGCUGACUUCUCAGUCUGCUGCUUCAGGGUACUGAAGUUUACAUAUGUAUUUUGUGUAUGAACUAGUCUAACUAACACUGCAUACUUCCUUCCUGCCCCUGGAGUACAACAUGUUGCAUAAAAGAGGCAGACUGACAAAGAUGCCUCCUUUAUAUUUUCUGUCAGUUGUUGGCACUAUUUGGGCAGACGUCAAUGAAAACAUUCCUGGCUGAAAAGGUUCAGGUUAACUGAAGCACUGUGUCUUGCAACAGACAUUUUCAGUUUAGGUAAGUGGGUGCACGAGCUCUCUCCUGGCAUUUCUACUCCAGAAUCAUACAAUUCAAGAUAUUUACUGUAAUCUGUGCAACCCACUGUGUGAUGUUAAAGCACCAGCUCCUCAGAAGUCUCUCUCUAAGGCAAUCUCCCAGUCUGAGGGAGGGAAGAGAAUUUAAGAAAGCCACCUCAGACCUGAGGACAAUUUCUUCUUUUUUCUUUUCCAAUAAAAAGUGCAUCUCUGAUUUAGUACAUGAUGAUUACUUACGUGUUAGUAGAAAACUGUUUAAAGUAACUCUUCAAGCAGUUCCCAGAGGCUUUGGGGUGUUUGGGUUUUUGGUGUCAUUCUGGGGGCUGAGGGAGUGUUGGUUCUUCUUACAGUCCACUUUUUUUUCCUCCUGAAAAACGUCGUCUUUAUUCUGAGAUCCAGCAGAAGCUUCAGAGUUGUUCAGUUCUCUUUUGAGGCAUGGCACAAAUUGAGUGAACUACAGAUACACUGAAAUGGUUACAUCUAGCUUAAUUACAAACAUGAGACAAUUCAUUAGAUACUUCUUCCUCCCUCUCCCCAUUUUCCCUUCUGUACAUGUCCUAUAUAGAUAUGAGCACCCACAAAUCACUUGCAUUAAGCAACCAUUAAUUUUUAUUAAGUCAUUAUCAUUAAACUUUAUACAGUCUAAACUAUGGCACAGCGUGAUAUCGGUUUCCUGCCUCAACUCUUCCCUCUCACUUCUAACCAGUAGCCCACAGAUUUAGACAGACAAUUUGAAGAGCCUGCAUUCCAAAAGGUAAACAUUGUAUUGCAGCUCACAGCUCAGCAGUGACCACACAGUAAUUUCUGUAAAAUACAACAUGUAUGAUAAAGGAGGAGAAUAAGCAAAAAACAAAAGAGAAAGUACUUUAAGUUGUUUUUAUGGAUUUAAUGCAACUUCCAAGGAAUUCUGCAUCAUGGUGACUCACUGGACACCAACAAUAUCACUAAAAACCCAAAUUAAGACACUGAUAUUGAGUUUAAAAUAGAAAUUGUAAUAUAUAUUCGAUUGUGCAAUGCAUUUCAGCAUAGCAGUAGUUUUAUAACUAUAUGUAAAUGUAUUUCCUACUCUUAUUUACAGAGGGAAGGAGUGACAAACGUGACCAAAUAUAAUCAUAGAAUAUCCCAAGUUGGAAGAAACCUCACAAGGAUACUUGAGUCCAACCCCCAGCUCUGCACAGCACCACCUGAAAUUCAAACCCCAUGUCUGAGAGCAUUGUCCAAAUGCUUCUUGAACUCUGGCAGCUUGGGACUGCAGCCACUGCUCUGAGGAGCCUGUUCCAGUGCUGGAAAAUACACUGAUAUGCACUUAUUGACACAUGGCUUGAUAAAUACAUUGAUUUAAUCUUU